AUGGCCGAAAUCGGAGCCGAUCCAGUCCAGUGCCGACGUGGUAUGGUAACAUUUGCGAUCACCGUGAAAGCAGCUCACAGCUGCGGUCCUUUGGUUUUCUCUUCACAUGAUGUCCGGUAUUGCUGCGUGGCUGCUCGAGUACUCAGCUGGCUAGUAUGUGAACCGGGCAGCACAGCCGCUGGAUACAGGAAGAGCAUGGCAGAUCUGGACGAGUUCGACGAAGCAGAACGAGCCUUCGAGAACCAGCCAGAGCCUCGAUCGAUGUCGGUACAGACUGCUGCGCCGAAUUCCGAGCAGGAGUUCUGA